AGUCUUGCCAUUUACCUGUCGACAACCUUCGCGACAAAUACUCUUAAACCCUAAACCUUAUUGUGCGACGAAUUCGGCGAGAUAUUUAUGCGUAAUUCAGCUUUUGGAUUAGAAGUGCCUCAUAGUUUAUUGGUGGAAUGGUGAGGUGAUAUGGAGUUUCAUUAGAUCAACCAAAUGGGAGACUCCUUAUGCAUUAAUCAUUCAAGUAAGAGCUUGGAGCCCAGGGUUGCUAAAGCUAAGAAGCUGUCUAAAUAUUGUUUGGUUGCUUCGAUACCCAAAGGAUUUUCACCAAAGACUUCGAAAUGUAUUACUUUGGUGAAACGAAGUAUACAAGGAAGUGGAGCUGCAGGAGAUGUAGGAGUUUUUUUGCUAACAACUGCAGCGCUCGAGAUUAUGCGAAGAUUCUCAAGGGCAAAGUGUCCUCUUGUUUGGCGCGUUCUUCAGGCAUUGCAAGUUCUCUGCUAUCCACCAUUUAAAUGGGUGGAAAGAUGGGCUCCUUUCAAGGUUUUGGUUAAACACAUGCAGACAUUGUCAAGGCCAAUGUUAGUCCUCACAAUUGCGACAGUUUUCUCCGAACAAUCUUUCUUUACAAAAGAAACAUCAAACAAUUUGGAUGAUUCUCAAGGAUCUUUUGAAUCAGAACCUCCAGACACAAGUAAGGAGAAGUGGUUGCUCAAACUCCAUAAAGAGCUCGAAAACCAGGGAAUUACUUUGCCACAAAGGCUUGGUGAGGAUGAGCUUUGUAGAUUUUAUUCCAUCGCAAAUGGUGAUUUUUCAAGAUUACUGUCAUCAGUCAAGAAAACAAUUUAUUGGAGGCAGAAUUACACUCUUUUUUCACCCGAAGAGCUUGAGGCCUGGUCACGUUUGGUCUUCUGGCAUGGAUCUGAUGUGAACCUAUGUUCUUGCCUCAUUAUUCGCCUUGGACUUGCUUGCUCCAACUUGAGACCUAAUGACAUGUCUCUCUUCGUAAAAGCAGUUGUUUCCCAGAUAGAACAUGGAGUUGUGAACUUGGUUCAUACAGAAAAUCCUAGAAUCACAGUUGUGAUGGAUUGCAAGGGAUUAUCUCCACUGGGAUUCCCCAUGCAAAUGAUGAGAUCUUGUGCUAUACUUCUGCAAGAUCAUUAUCCCAACCGCCUUGGCUUGUUGAUUGUCAUACGGCUUCCUCUGGUCGCUCGAGUGAUUACGAAGACUUUAUUUCAAGUUCUCAAACCAGCCACACGGCAAAAGCUAAGAAUCGUAGGAGAAAAUUACCAAAAGGUUCUCUCUGAAUACCUUCAGACACUCCCUUUGUUUCUUGGUGGCAAGUGCUUGUGCUCAAAAUGUUCAGAACUUGGCAAUAGACAAGGUCCGAAAGAAGAAAUCAUCUGGAUGAGGCGAAGAUUGGAUCUUAGCAACGAUGCGAAUGUUCCUUCACCAGCUUUAAGUAAUCAUGCUGAUGCCAGAAUGAAUUGGAACAGGGAACAUACACCAAUUAGUACCCUUAUUUUCGGUGUACUGAUGUUGUCGAUAUUUAUUGCUUUCGCUUGGAGAAUGCGUUAUCCAGAAAGGCCACCUCUUUUUUACUGGCCAAGUGGUUCAUAAGCUGAUUGGGUUUUGGUUCAAAUGUUCAAUUAUAUUAGAGGAGUUAUUGUGGUUUGAGUGCAGUAUAACUAGUACAUGUAGUGCAUUUAUGGUGUUCUUGUUUCUUAAGGAGUGUGCUUCAAACCAUAUCGCAGAGUUGGCAUUGAAUUCAAGCGAUCUACUUCCCAAUUGUAAGGUGGUUCAGGGUAGAUCGGAUGAAAGGAUUUCAAAAACUGGAAGAGCAUUUCGGAGAGGUUUGUAUUAUGAAAAACUCUGGCGUGAUUUAUUUUUUUAAAAAUAAAGAUUUGUAUUCUUUACUAUUUUGAUUAUACACAUUGUGUAUGAGGAUUGAUAUUGUUCAAGGGUUGUGUUUUUGGAG